AUGGAUUUUUCUCGUGAGGGCUUCGUCACUGCAAUACAAUUUUUAAUCUGUGGUUUUAUUACUCCAGGCUACCAGGUCAGUGGGGUGCCAGCUGGUGCUGGUUACGACCAAUCAUACGCGCCGCAGCAGCGCAGGGGGUUGGGCACAGGGGCCGCUGUGGGGUUGGGGGUUGGGGCCCUCGCUGCGGGGGGUCUCGCGGGUUACGCGCUUGGCGGGGGGUUCAGUAGUGACAGCCCUUCUGAGGAGGCACCUCAAAUAUCGUCAUUCUCUGAAGAUUUCGGCGGGGACGAUUGGAUGGAUUAAUUUAAUUUACCCACCAAAUAAGUUACAUCGAUAUAAUUAACCAAUAGCCAAUCGAAAUUGUGACGCUAAUUUUCAAUCAGCCAAUAGCAGAGAAGUAUUUUCGCGCCAACGAACGUGAUUGGCUGACAAAACUCCUUAUGUCGAUAUAACUUAUAUAAUAUACAGGGUUACUUGUAAAACACCGGCAACCUCGCAGCACAAGAUAGCUUACAUCAUAAGUAACAACAUUUGUUCUACGACUUUU